ACUGCUGGAACCUCAACUCCAAGUGAGGCAACAACAACUUAUGAAGCAAAAACAUCUCCUGAAGAAUCAACAGCGACCACAGAUGGUUUAACAACUGCAACUGUGGAAGCUACGUUUUCAACAUCGGGAGUGACUAUGACACAAGAAUACACCAAAGACACAAUGGAAACAACUACAGCUAUGUCCUCAAGUGCAACAGAAACUUCAACCAGUAUCUCGCCGGAAACAAGUCCCUCACAACCUUCUACGGUUACCAGUGAGACUGCCACUACAAAUGAACAAACUUCAGCAGUCACGGACGGGCAAAUAUCAGCCACCACCAUUGGACUCUCAUCUACCCAGGGAACUGAAAGUACAACUACACAGCCAACUGACACAACAACUGAAGCUGGAACGACCCAUGAUGAGCACACAACAAAGGCAGAAAUGACAACAAUGCCAGCUGAAGCAACAACCACUGUCACACAAGAACCAUCGGCUAGCCCAGAUACUUUGACAAGCCCAUCUCCCUCAAUGACUUCUGGUCACACAACAGUGCCCUCUGACGUUACGAGUGAGUCUCUUACUAGCACUGCUGGAACCUACACUCCAAGUGAGGCAUCAACAACAACUUAUGAAGCAAAAACAUCUCCUGAAGAAUCAACAGCGACCACAGAUGGUUUAACAACUGCAACUGUGGAAGCUACGUUUUCAACAUUGGGAGUGACUAUGACACAAGAAUACACCAAAGACACAAUGGAAACAACUACAGCUAUGUCCUCAAGUGCAACAGAAACUUCAACCAGUAUCUCGCCAGAACCAAGUCCCUCACAACCUUCUACGGUUACCAGUGAGACUGCCACUACAAAUGAACAAACUUCAGCAGUCACGGACGGGCAAAUAUCAGCCACCACCAUUGGACUCUCAUCUACCCAGGGAACUGAAAGUACAACUACACAGCCAACUGACACAACAACUGAAGCUGGAACGACCCAUGAUGAGCACACAACAAAGGCAGAAAUGUCAACAAUGCCAGCUGAAGCAACAACCACUGUCACACAAGAACCAUCGGCUACUCAAGAGACUUUGACAAGCCCAUCUUCCUCAAUGACUUCUGGUCACACAACAGCGCCCUCUGACGUUACGAGUGAGUCUCUUACUAGCACUGCUGGAACCUCAACUCCAAGUGAGGCAACAACAACUUAUGAAGCAAAAACAUCUCCUGAAGAAUCAACAGCGACCACAGAUGGUUUAACAACUGCAACUGUGGAAGCUACGUUUUCAACAUCAGGAGUGACUAUGACACAAGAAUACACCAAAGACACAAUGGAAACAACUACAGCUAUGUCCUCAAGUGCAACAGAAACUUCAACCAGUCCCUCGCCGGAAACAAGUCCCUCACAACCUUCUACGGUUACCAGUGAGACUGCCACUACAAAUGAACAAACUUCAGCAGUCACGGACGGGCAAAUAUCAGCCACCACCAUUGGACUCUCAUCUACCCAGGGAACUGAAAGUACAACUACACAGCCAACUGACACAACAACUGAAGCUGGAACGACCCCUGAUGAGCACACAACAAAGGCACCAACUACACCUACCACACCUUCUCCAACUACCCUAACUACUACACCCAGUCCAACUUCUACAACUGCACCUCCUUCACUGACGUCACCUUCACCCUCAACAACUGGACCUACACCUCCGAUUAAUGUGACUUUGGACACCAUUGAAGUAUCAACAGAUGUCAUUGUUAGACUCAACAAAACAUUUAAAGAAGAGUUCCGUGACCCAUCAACACAGGAAUAUAAAAAUUUUACAAAAGAUUUCACUAACACGAUGACCUUACUAUACAACAGAACUAUUAAGAAUUUUAUCGGCAUAGUGAUAAUAGGACUCAGGAAGGGCAGUGUCGUGGUGGAGCAUGAGGUUCUACUGCGCAUAGUGAAUGGGAAGAACCUAACUAAUGACAUUGCUGAGUCAGAAGAACAGAUCAAGGACAUUCUCAAUGAGGCCAAAAACUGCACCACAGGCCAAGACGGCUGUCUUGACUUGGACAUCAUAGGAGAUAUCAUAGUAAAGAAUUCCACGUUUGAUAAAGAAUCGGUAUGCGACCAGGCCAGACUAGAUAAGGACUUGAGGAUGUACUACCAUGCAGCAGAAAUAGAUGGGCAACUGGUCUGCAUCUCUCCCUGUUACUCCCGACACAACAGGGCAAAGAACUGCAACACCGGCACCUGUAGUAUGUCACAGGACGGCCCGGUCUGCAGAUGUAACCAGGACUACUGGUACCUAGACUCCGACUGCUACAGUCCUAUCCUGAAGAGGGACCUCUUUGCCGGGUUACUGACCCUGACAGGACUGGUGAUAGCAGCUGUGGGGGUCAUGGUGGUCUACGUAACCUGGCAUAGACGACAAUUACACAGUGUGAAAGACGUCCAUACUGAACAAGUUAACCAGUGGCUGGAGGAAGACUUUGAAUGGCCCAACAGGCCAAAUAUCAGUGGCCACUUGGUUUGUUCAAAUAGUACCACAGUCCUAACAGAGAAUGACCCUAACCCACCUUAUGGUGGCCGAGUGGGCUUGCAGUACGACGCAGAGGCAGAUUCCCUGUCAUGCUCCAGUACAAGGCUGCCGUCUCCCUUACAUGGAACACAGGCACAGGUGUCCAGGAGGAGGUCUGAGACCAUGUGCCAUGACUGCAGUUCCCGGGGUGCUGAUAGGGACGCCAUACCACAUUUACAUUUACAUUUACGUCAUUUAGCAGACGCUCUUAUCCAGAGCGACUUACAAGUCAUACAGACUACUGCCAACCCGUCAGGGCAGCAUUUUACAUUGGGUAACCCUGGCAGCCAAUCAGAGUUUAGGAUCAGCAGACCGGGGAUGAGGACUUACUCUGAGAUCUAGUGGAACAUCCUGAUCUCUUAAAACAUCAGGACUGGACAAAGAACAGGAUAAUACAUUUAAAGAAGUGUUUCUCAUCGACCAAUGGAAUAAAACAGACGGGAAAACGAUCUCUAUGGGACAGUCUCGUCUUUGGGAGUGAAGCCUGAAUAAUGGUUGUGGGACAAUGCUUUAAAAAGCACUACAUAGGAUUGUCCAAAGCUGUAUGGUUUCCAUGGACUCACUGAUACAGGUGGACGUGAAACCCAACCUCAGGUUCAUUAAUGGAAUAAUCUGCUCUCAAAUCAAUUACCUAUCAGGACAUCUAAGGAAACAACAUAUUUUAUAUACUGUACUUCAGUGAUGCAUGUUUACAAUUAGUCUGCCCCAAUGAUAUGAUAUCUUAUUUAUACCAGUUUGCCAAUUAGCAUAUCAUGUUUUGCACUUUGGUACUACUUUGGUACUAAAACGAAUGAAUGUAAAUAAUGUUGUAAUAUCACAUGUAUAUAAUAAUAUGGCCUAACAAUGUGUCUGUAUAUAGAGAAGAGAUAUUGCACUGUGGUAGUUCUUACACACACAAAACAUAUUUCAAAUGUGUACCAAAAACAAAUAGUUAUUUCCCCACUCAUUUUUGUAAACUGCAUAAUAUCAAACCAAUAAUAGAAUUGCAAAUUGUGUUUAGAAAAUAUACGGCAUUAACACUUCACACACAAAUAGAACAAUAAACGCAAUUGAUGAAAUUGGCAAUCAAAUGAACCAUGAUUGAAGGCCCAAGUGAGACAUUUCUGAUCAAAUAAAUACUGCUGUAAUAUGA